AUGGCAUCCCUACAGCCUGGAGACGGGUACGGCGGCGACGGCUUCCACCGUUUCCCGACUGUCUCCGUAGACGGCGCACCGCGUCCUGCAACGAUUAUUUUCCUGCACGGACUCGGUGACACGGCUGCAGGCUGGGCGGACUUGAUCAGCCUCCUCUCCUCGCUCCCCUGUUUCCCCUCGCUGCGCGUGAUCCUCCCGACUGCGCCAGUGCGACCUGUGACGCUCAACGGCGGGUUCCCCGCCCCUGCGUGGACCGACAUCUUCUCGCUGUCCAAGGACACGCCGGAAGACCGGGAAGGGUUCCUCGAAUCGAAGCGGCGAAUCGACGCCAUCCUUCGGGGCGAAAUCGAAGACGCGCACAUCCCGCCCGAGAGAAUCGUCCUCGCCGGAUUCAGCCAGGGCGGAGCCCUCGCGUACUUUGUCGGCCUGCAAGCCCCGUACCGCCUUGGAGGCAUCGUCGCGCUCUCCACCUGGACGCCGCUCGCCCAAGAGCUCCGCGCCAGCGACGCGUGUCUUGGAAAAAAAGACAAAGAGGGACAGGGGCAGACCACCGCGGAGGGAGAGACACAGGAGACACAGGGCCCUCGGGGUCCGACGCCGGUGCUCCACUGCCACGGCGAGCAGGACGAGUUGGUCUUGUUCGAGUUUGGAGAGGAAAGCGCCGCACUCGUGAAGCAGCAGUACGCAGCUGCAUGCGGCGAAGAAGUGGCGAAGGAGGCGGUCAAGUUCCGGCCCUUCCGAGGCCUCGGGCACUCGGCGAAUCCGCAGGAACUCGCAGAAGUCCGACUCUUUGUCGAAUCCGUGCUGAAACCUCAGUGA